CGUCUAGCCGGCCGGCCAUGGACGCGCCAUUCUUCCACGAGCUCCGCCGCCAGGCCUCCUCCUACCUCACCGGCAAGAUCCGCUCCGCGCGCCUCGCGCUCACCGACGUAACCCCCACGCAGCUGAUGACGGAGGAGGCAACCAACGGCGACGCGUCGCCGCCGACCGCCAAGACCAUGGGCCUCAUCGCGCGGCAGGCAUUCGACAUCGACGAGUACGUCAGGAUCCUCGACAUCCUACACACCAGGCUGGCCACGUUCGACAGGAGGCAGUGGCGGGAGCCCUACAAGGCGCUGCUGCUCCUGGAGCACCUCCUCACCCACGGCCCGCGCAGCGUCGCGCUCGAGUUCCAGAAGGACAGGGCCGUCAUCCGGCAGAUGGCCACCUUCCAACACGUCGACGAGAAAGGCUUCAACUGGGGCGCGACGGUGAAGGGCAAGUCGGACCGCGUGCUGAGGCUGCUGGAGCGCGGGCCGUUCCUGGAGGAGGAGCGCGAGCGGGCGCGCAAGGUGGCGCGCCAGAUCAGCGGCUUCGGGAGCUUUAACCUCAGGACCGGCGGCAGCGGCGGCUCCGGCUCCUCGCGCGCGCAGCUGUGGGGCGGCGAGGACGGCGCGGCGCCGCAGGUGUACGGGCGCAGCCACUCGCAGUACGAGCAGGGCCGGCGGUGGGACGAGGACGACGUCGGCGAGGACCAGGAGGACAAGGAGAACCUGCUCGGCUCCGGGAGCGGGCGCGAGGAAGCGGAGCUGGAGGAGCGGCACCACCACCACCCGUUCCUCGGCUUCGGGCAGCAGCGGCCGGAGGCGACGCUGCUGCUCGGCCAGUGAUCACGAAGGACCAGCCGAUGGCUUCUACCCUAGUCCCCUGUACUGUAACGUUCUGUGUACUAGCAUGUCCCGUGUGUGUCGUCAAGAAAAAAAAGCGUCAGCACGGUCAGUCCUUUGCUGACGUUGCCGGACGCUUUAGG